GUCUUCCACAGCCCUCCCUUCCUUCUUCUUGCUUCCUGCUUACCGGCGCCCUGCCGCGCUACCGAGACCGGCACCACCACGUCUUCCGAAGCGAAAGCUCAACUACCGAACCACAACCACCACCUCGAGCACUCAAUACCUCAUCACCGCCGACCGCAAUGUCUUCCUCAGACGAUGAUGCGCCUUUGGCUCGGUCGAAUGGCACAUACCUCUCGGCCUCCAAGAUAUCAAAGUCGGAAGACAAGGCUAUGGACGACUUCUCCCCGGCCAGGGGCCAGCCUUCCGCCGCAGGCAUCUCCAUCCGCAAUGGCCCCAUUUCGAGCGACUCAAUGGACAUAGAUCAACCGAAUGGGGCCUCCAAGAGGAAAGCGCGCACCUCCAUCACCAAAAACGUCAGCUACAAGGACGAGUCGGAUAGCGACGAUGCCCCUAUGAUCCAGGCCAAGCGACCCAAGGUAGCCCCCAAGCAUGAGUCCGACAGCGAUGACGAGCCCAUGCUGAAGAGGAAGCUGCCCCCCUCUAUCAAUGAGACGUCUCUGCCCGCCGAGGACUCGUCCGACGAGGACCAACCCCUUACCGUCAAGCUGGCCAAGAAGAAGGCCCAGAUCGAGAAACAGGCAGAGAAGGACGCGAAAGCUAUCCGCGCCAAGGAGGCCAAGGCCAAGAAGCCUGCUCCUAAGAAAGCUAUCAAGGCUGAGGCCUCUUCUGACGAUGAACCUAUCGCGAAGACGUCCAAGCGCCAGUCGAACGGCACCGUCUCAAAGAAAAUCAAUGGCAUGAAAACCGAAAAGGCUCCUGCUAAGACCAAGGCCGCACAAAAGAAGGUCGAGGCCAAGUCCAAAUCUCCAGAUGAUGGAGACGAUGAUGAGGAAGCGCAUGAGUGGUGGAAUGAGCAAAAACCCGAUGACGACACGGUCAAGUGGAACACGCUCGAACACAGCGGUGUUCUGUUCCCUCCCGAGUACGAGCCUCUGCCGAAGAGCGUGAGGCUUUACUACGACGGCACUCCCCUGGAACUUCACGUCGACGCCGAGGAGGCCGCAUCCUAUUUUGGCUUCAUGCUGAACUCCGAGAACAACGUGAAGAAUCCGGUCUUCCAGAAGAACUUCUUCACCGAUUUCACUGCUAUUCUUAAAAAGACAGGAGGGGCCAAGGACAAGAAUGGCAACAAGGUCGAGGUGAAGGACUUUGCCAAACUUAACUUCGAGCCCAUGUACGAGCACUUCAAGAAGGUUUCUGAGGAGAAGAAGGCGUGGUCGAAGGAGAAGAAGCAGGCAGAGAAGGAAAAGAGGCUGCAAGUCGAGGAACCGUUCAUGUACUGCAAGUGGGACGGCCGCAAAGAGAAAGUCGGCAACUUUCGCGUUGAACCACCUGGGCUUUUCCGUGGCCGCGGUGAGCACCCAAAGACCGGCAAGAUCAAGAAGCGAGUCUUGCCAGAACAGGUCACCAUCAACAUUGGCAAGGGGGCCAAGGUACCUGAGCCGCCCGCAGGGCAUAAGUGGAAGGCCGUUCAGCAUGACAACAAAGCGACCUGGCUGGCCAUGUGGCAGGAGAACGUCAAUGGCAACUACAAAUAUGUCAUGCUUGCUGCCAGUGCCUCCGUGAAGGGCAAGGCGGAUUUCAAGAAAUUCGAGAAGGCCCGCGAGCUGAAGAAGCGCAUCGACUUCAUUCGCAAAGACUAUGAAAAGAAGCUGAAGAGUGAGAAGAUGCAGGAGCGUCAGAUGGCCACGGCCAUGUACUUGAUCGACAAGUUCGCCCUCAGAGCCGGCAACGAGAAGGAUACCGAGAACGAGGCCGACACUGUGGGCUGCUGUUCUCUGAAAUACGAGCACGUCACCCUUCGGGAGCCAGAUAUUGUCAUUUUCGAUUUCCUCGGAAAGGACAGCAUUCGGUACUACGACGAAUGCCAGGUGGACCGUCAAGUCUUCAAGAACCUGAGGAUGUUCAAGAAGCCACCCAAGGAGGACGGAGACGACAUCUUUGAUCGAGUGAAUACCUCGCAAUUGAACAAGCACUUGUCGAAUUACAUGGAAGGCUUAACUGCCAAGGUGUUCCGUACCUACAACGCUUCUUACACCAUGUCCAACCUCCUCCAAAAGCUGAACCCGGCUGAGCACAAGAACAAGACCAUUAACGAGAAGGUCAAGCUCUACAACGACUGCAAUCGAGAGGUUGCCAUUCUUUGCAACCACAAACGUAGCGUUGGUGCCAAACAUGAGGAGCAGAUGGAGAAGAUGACCGAUCGUAUCAAAGGUGCCAAGUACCAGAAAUGGCGGACGAAGAUGAUGAUUCUGGACGUCGACCCCAAGCAAAAGAAAAAGAAGGGAGCCGAGUUUUUUGAGAGGGAGGAAGAUCUAACCGAGGAAUGGGUUCUUCAACACCAAGCAUUCCUUAUCGAGGAGCAACGCACCAAGAUCACCAAGAAGUUCCAGAAGGAUAACGAGAAGCUGGUUUCCGAGAAGAAGAAGCCCAUGCCCGAGAAGGAGCUUAAGGAGCGCCUGAAGGCUGUCAAGGAGCUCGAGGCCAAGUUUAAGAAGGAGAACAAAACCAAGAAGGUCGAGGCUGAAGGCAGGGGUCCUACAGUCGAGAAGCUCGAGGGCCAGAUCAAGAAGAUCGAAGAGCGCAUCAAGAAUCUCGAAGCCCAAUCUGCCGACCGCGAGGGCAACAAGGAGGUUGCCCUGGGAACCUCCAAGAUCGCAAUGGUAACACAGAACUACAUCGACCCCCGCCUCAGCGUCGUCUUCUCGAAUAAGAUGGGUGUGCCUAUCGAGCGUCUUUUCCCAAAGACCCUGCGUGAGAAGUUCAACUGGGCCAUUCAGUCCAUCGGGGACGACCCAGACUGGGAGUUCUAA